CUCUAGCCUGGGAAAAUAAGUUAAUCAUGAAACAAGAUGCAAGAACCAUUUUCCAGCUGAGUGGGAUUUUCACAUGCAGAUGUUGCUGAUGUGAACAUUGGUGUAGGCCUACAGGCAGCGUGAGAGUGCUCCAGAUGUCUUGGCUCUGAGAGAUGUUUUGGCAGCCACUGAACAAGGGUUGGAGAUUGAGUCUUGUUCCUGCAAAGCUGCAGCGACAAAGCACACAUGACUUACUGAAAUGAUCCUGGCUGUGUUAAAACAUGAGCCAAAACUCCCACAGGGAGCAUUAGUCUGAGCGAUUCACAUAAACACUUCAAGAAGUCAGUUUUGGUUGAGCUUCCUAGUCAAGCUGACUUUUAAGGGAGAUUACCUUUCCAGGAGGCGAUCUGAAGAAAGGCAAGUUACAGGGAAUCAGGAGCAGACCUGAGCCUUUAUCCCUGUCAGCAUACUGCACUGGUGCUUUAGCUUCUCCUUAAUAUACAUCUCACCCUGAUUUUGUCCUGCCUGUAGUUUCAAGCAACCUCCUUAACAAAUCCUGCAGCAUCUCCUGGGGAAUUAAACGUGAUAAGAAAUGAGUGUGAUGAUGCACUGGUUGCUGCUGCUCCUUUUCCUGGUCAGCUUUGGCUCACCUGCACCCAGGUUUUCGGACAAAGAUAUCUGCCUCCUGGACAACAAUAAAUUAAGACAAAGGUUAAAACAUCUUCAAGACUUGCUUUACCUAUAUGAAUUGCAGCUGAAGGACAUACUGGAGAACACUUACCACAGAACAAAAAGUGAACUGUUCUCAGGCAACAGGAGUGUGCAGCAUGAGACGCUCUUACCCACAACCAGUGGAAAUUUGAUAGUGUAUGACCAAGAUUGCUCUGCAGUGUAUAACCGGAGGAGCACCACAAGUGGCUACUACCGGAUCAGGCCCAGAGCAGACCAAGAGCCUUUCCUGGCAUUCUGUGACAUGACCGAUGGCGGGGGCUGGACUGUCAUUCAGCGGCGGAGCAACGGCAAGGAGAAUUUCAACAGGAAAUGGGAUGAUUACAAACUGGGAUUUGGGAAAUUCCAGGGCAAGAAUGAUGAAUACUGGCUGGGCAAUGACCACAUCCAUGACCUGCUUGCUAGAGGAGAGAACUCAUUAAAGAUUGACCUGAUGGACUGGCAUGGGGAAAGACGUUAUGCAAUCUAUGAAAAUUUCCAGCUUGCAAAUGAACAGGACAAUUACAGGUUAUGGUUUGGCACCUAUUCUGGUAAUGCUGGCGACGCUCUGUCUGGUGGGAGCAAUUUUGAAGAUCAGUGGUCAGCCUCUCACAGAGGGAUGCAGUUCACCACAUCUGAUAAGGAUCACGAUCAAUUCCUGGCGGGCAACUGUGCAUCAGAGAACAAGGGUGGCUGGUGGUUUAACAGGUGCCAUGCUGUGAACCUCAAUGGGCGAUACUACAAAAGAGGGAGGUACAAUGGAGCCCACGAUGAUGGCUUGGUUUGGUCUACAUGGCACGGGAUGUGGUACUCACUGAAAUAUUCAGCCAUGAAAAUCAGGGCUCCGUUCUUUGUCGACAGCGAGAGCGGAGAUGGUGAAAACAGUCAGGGAAGCUGAAACCUGCUGCUUUGGAAAGAGAAAAAGCACAGGCUGAAAAGAAUGCUAUAAGUUGCUGCCGCCAAUCGCCAAACCUGCACUUGAUAGCUGGAGUUGCACCUGCUUCUGCCACCUGAAUCUAAUAGCAUGAGUUUUUUGAGCACAGCCAGACAACAAUUUAAUAAAAAACAUAUGGAUCUCAGUCACAGGAUAACCAGAGAUUUCUUUUUCAGCAGUUUUCAAGAUGUUGUUGGAGAAUAUUUAUUGAAAGUUCUCUGGAAUUCAAAGGAUCAAGCAUGUCCUUUAAUCAAUCUAUACUUUCCAAGGUCUAAACCUUUCUCGUCUUGAAUUUAACCAUCAGUGUUUCAGUUAUGAGAACAUCAGGACAGGAAGAACAAGGGGAUGGGGAAUUUGACUUUAUCUGGUGUGCCUUUGUUAGUGCUUCGUUCUGCAUCAGGAGAAUCUUUUUAAGGAACUUUCCCUAUGGUUCUAAGUGCCACACUUCUGCUGCAGAAUGCUUGUGGAGUGUGUGAAACCAGACCUGUGGAUGGACAUGCUCCAACUGCUAAUGUGCAUCCAAGGCUAAUGUGAAGCUAAGGCUGCUUCAAAAUAAACACCCACAAUACGGACAGUGUGGGUUCCAUUCCAACAGCUUCCUGCUGCAGAUCCACUGCUAGAGCAUACCACAAGACAUUAAUGCAGACAGACAAUCCCGCCAAACCGAUUUAAGACCCAGAUUAAAAUUAGGCAGAUUUGACUGAAAUUAAGGUGAGUGCAGAUAUUCCUAUGAGUUCCUAAAAUGCAGUCAUUAUUCAUUUGUGCAUUCUCCUGUCACCAGAUGACUUUACAUUAGUGAAGGGGAAUCAGAAAGUGGUUGAACCACAAGGCACACUGCUUUCAUUGUCUGACUGGGGUGAAAUGAAAGAGCCAUACAAAUGACUGAAAGAAAUGGAAUACCGAAAAUUUAUUUUCUACAGCUGUUAAUAACAACAGUUAAAAAUUAACAGUGGUACCACCUUGAUGCAAAUCAUUUAACUGCCAUGCUGUAGAAUAAACCUUUUUCCUUUUUUUUUUUCUGAUUUAUAAUAUUUUUUUUAACUGAUAUUACUUUUCCAUUUACUUGCUUUUAAAUCCAUACAUAUUGUAAUUUGUAUACAUAUUGAUAAAGAGUGAAAUAAAACCAUCUGAGUAGGACUUAA